GUGAACAACGGAAUCGUGACGUCAUUCGGAGAGUUUCUUGGUAUUUUCAAAGCAUUGUUUCCUACUUCCAAGAUGGCUUUUCUAGACACCAUAGGCGCUACGGCGUACGGCAUCACCAGCAUCGGGACGCCGCUAGCCCUGGUCAUGAAACGCUGCUUCGGGGCCCGGAAGACCGUCUUCAUCGGCGUCUCCGCCAUUUCCCUUGGGACAGCCCUCACCGGCACGGUGGACCAUCCCGAGGAGAUGUUUAUGACGUAUGGUAUCAUGGUUGGGUGCGGGACGUUGCUGGCCAACAAUCCCCCGUGGUUUCUGUUGUCUGAGUACUUUACCAAGGACCACAAGUAUUAUGUGCUGACGUCCAGCUUGCCGACUCUGUCAUUCAGUUUGGGUUCACUGAUAUUCAACCCAUGCACACAAGCUCUUAUCCACAGUAUUGGGUGGCGAAAUACCUACGCAUUCAUCUCCAUCCUGACAUUCGUUGUGGGCAUGUCAGCUAUGGCCACCUUUCGGGAGAAUGGCGAACCAAAAGUGGCCCAGCAGGAGGCUCCAUCUAGCGGAGAUGGGCAAAGUUCGAACGAAGAUGAUUCAAAUAGUGGUGCUGUUGAGCCGUUGGCCAACCCUCCAAUUUGGCUGGUGCUAGUCAGUGGAAGCGUGUAUGUGUUAAGCAUGGGUCUGAGAUCCAUGGCGCUAUUUACCCCAGUGUUUAUUUUAGUGAAGCACUUACAAAACCUCGGAGUGGCAAGCAUGUCGGCUGCUGCUGUGGUCACAAUCUACUCAACGGCUGACCUUUGCGGUCGUCUCUUCACCUCUUUACUGGGUGACAAGUUAUUUAAGGGACGAAUAAUGUACGUCAACAUCGUCUGCAGCGUGCUGCUUGGAUUGGAGAACUUUGCCGCUGGGUUUGCCGUGCAGUAUUACCAGAUGGUGAUUUUCGCCCUGGUGGCUGGUUUUACGGCAGGUUUGAUGUCUGCCGGUAUUUUCGCAUCAAGCAGUGAGGUACUGGACGGCUGGUAUGCCCAUGAGAUCUUCUCAUUUAGUCGCGUUGGGAACGGUAUAGGGGUUAUUGUUGGCUUAGGAUUGUCAGGUUUUAUAUAUGACCUCACGGGAUCAUAUCAUUUGGUUUACCACCUGAACCUUGGGGUGUUCCUUUUGGCUGGCACGGGGUACGGCAUCACUAUUCUUCUCCGGAACCGGAAACUACGUAAUAGAUCUACAGACAACUCAGAACAUAUACCAUUAAACAGUUCAAAAUGAUAAAGCUGUAAUUUUAGUGCAUUAAGGUUAUAUUUAUUUCAUUAUCAGACGUUCUCUGUGUCGUGCUGGUCGGGGUCUUCUUGCGCGUGCAGGGGCUCAGAGAGAAACACUAGCGGCAAAAUACAAACUGUGUUCACGACUGAGAAUUUUCUGAAAAACAAACGUGGAAACUAUUCAGCAUAUUUCAAAUACAUGCAUAUGAUACAUGAUAGUGGACGACAUAAGAGCAGUCCAUUACCGGCUUAAUAUACAACUGUGUACAUGGAAAUGUGGAAGUUUUUCAACAAAGCAAGAAGCUGUACAUGCUGGGCAUUCGGCCUAUUUCCUGUUUGCCAUUGGAUUGAGUGUUUAAUAUCUGAGACGUCGAACUUCGAACCAUCAUUCUAGGGAAAAAAUGGAGAGUUCGUCAAAAGGGUCAAGCCUUUUUCCGUUUUCUAAUA